GGCGUUGAAGAUUUGGAUGAAACAGAGGCGCUACCACCCCGCCGCGUCACUAUGGCUCAUGGACAAGCUGCACCCUGACAUCAGACCCUGCUGACUGCGACAUACCCCCAACGGCCACCCUGCGGCCGCGUCGCAUCGCGUGUGUGUUAGUCUUGGGAUCAUCGUCGCCGGUCUUUUGUUUGACCUCACCACUCAGACUCGGGCCUUGGUGCUGGCCAUGUCCUUAUAGCCUGUGCGCCUGCCGUUGCUGGUGUGGUUCGUGCCUGCCCCAUGCCCAUGCAUUGCCCCUGUCGCCCUUGCCGAUCUCGAAUAACAGUUUGGAUAUAACGACCGCGCUCGAGCAUCGCAACGCCCCUAUAGCCUCCCGCCUACCUACCUUCACCCAUACCACUAUCGACCCCGCUGCCCGUGAAUGUGACUCCCACCGCCGGCAUGGCAGCGACACUGGACGGCCAGCACACGCCCGCCAAACCCGUGGCCAUCCGCUCUGCUGGCAUGAAGCUGGACCCGCCCCAAAUACAGAACCUCAAGAUUGCGAAUGCCAGUGUCGACAUCAUGUCGCCCGUCAACCAGAACGGCUGCUUCGAGUUCGACCGCAUCAUCAAGGCCGGCACCGUCGUGAAGCGCACGCGCAAGACAAAGCAAUGGAAGCCCGUCUACCUCGUCCUGCGCCCCAACUGCCUUUCCAUCUACAAGGACAAGGAUGAGACGAAACUGCGCCACCAGAUCAACCUCUCCGAGAUCACGGCCGUCGCGCGCCAGAGGGACUCGAAGAAGAAGAUGGAGCAUGUUUUUGGCAUCUUCUCGCCCGCCCGCAAUUACCACCUCGGCGCAACCACCGACAAGGACGCCCAGGAGUGGGUGCACCUCAUACGCACAGAGGCGCGCAUCGGCGAGCACGAGGCCGAGAUGACCGUCAUGAGCCCGACCACGGGGAGGAAGACAUUUUCAGGCUUCGGUCGCGCGACCAGAGAAAACAUCGUCUCCAGCUCCUCCGAGACAGAGCCGAGACCCUCGAGCUCCAUCGCCCCAGAGCAUAUGCACAGCGCCCGGCGUCCAUCGCAAGCCCUCAACUACUCUGGCGGCGAGCGCGGCUCCAUCUCCGACUUCGAUUUCUCCGAUACCAACCAAGCCUCCGCCCAAUCCCUCCCGAGAACGCCGCAACAACAGCGAAAUUCAAGCCAGCAGAGCAACAUCGGCGCCAUCCCCGCCAACGAGCGUGUAGUCUACCACGGCUGGCUGUAUGUCCUCAAGUCCAAAGGCGGCGUGCGCCAGUGGAAGAAGAUCUGGGUGGUUCUGCGGCCAAAGUGCCUUGCGUUUUACAAAAACGACGACGAAUACUCUGCGACCCAUAUCAUCCCCUUUUCCAGUAUCAUCGAUGCCGUCGACAUAGACCCAGUCUCGCGAAGCAAGCAGUAUUGUAUGCAGGUCAUAUCCGAGGAGAAGAACUACAAAUUCUGCGCUUCCGAUGAAGACUCACUGGCCAGAUGGCUCGGCGCAUUCAAGAGCUUGCUGGUUAAGAAGAAGGAGGUACCACAGACACGCAUACAGCAGGCGACCCCCACCGCCAUCAACAUGCAGCAGCAACCCCAAUCGUUCUUACCGUCACCCAUCGCGCCAGCUCAGCAGCCUCUCACAAUCAGAUGACCACCGCUCAACAUACCCGACCCUCACUCUGAUAACAAUUGUACAUACGCUGGCACACGUAUACCCUUACCAACCGACCUUCCACCGCCACCACUAAUCGCGCAAACAUUCUCUAACCCCAUCUCCUUACGAUACCAUCACGAUUUACGACUUUAGCCUUACCGCCGCCCGUUGACGGGGCCCUUUGAUACCAGUUGGAUACUUUUGCUUGACGAUAUUGGAUAUUGCAGCAUGUUCCUUCGCAGCUUGUUUCCUUUGUCUAGACUUGUCUCAUCUUGUCGUCAACAGUAGUAGCCUUUGUAAUAUGCUUGUCGCCCUUGAUCUGGGCUUGAAUUCAAAUCUCAUAGCUAUGUUUGAUGACUCUGCGAUUUUCCGUGCGAUAUGAUGACUGCUACAACUUGUGGCUCUUGAAUUUACGAUCAGACAAUGGAGAACACAUGUUCGAGGUAUGGCGGGACGGCGCGCUUGC